AUGUGGGCCUGGGGCACUUCGGUAGUGACCUUGGUAACACUGAUGGUUGCCACUGUGGAUGCCAAGAUUUAUGAACGCUGUGAGCUGGCAAGGAAGCUGGAGAAGGCAGGCCUCGAUGGAUUCAAAGGCUACAGUAUUGGAGACUGGCUGUGUGUGGCACACUAUGAGAGUGGCUUUGACACCUCUUUUGUGGACCACAAUCCAGAUGGCAGCAGCGAAUAUGGCAUUUUCCAGUUGAACUCUGCCUGGUGGUGUACCAAUGGUGUCACACCUACCCAGAACCUCUGCCACAUGAAUUGUAAUGACCUGCUCAAUCAUCAUAUUCUGGACAACAUCUUGUGUGCCAAGAGGCUUGUGUCCAUGCGUCAGGGUAUGAAGGCCUGGGAUUCUUGGACUCGGCACUGUGUUGGUCAUGAUUUAUCUGAAUGGCUCAAGGGGUGUGAUGUGCAUAUGAAAACUGACUCAAGCAAAAUUGAUGACUCAGAUGUCUAA